AUGAACCACAUUCCGGACGCCCUCUAUGCUGACAGGGAGAUGACCACGUGGCUGAUCGUCGGCGCCAGCAGAGGGAUUGGGCUUGAGUUUGUCAAGCAACUUCUGCUGAGAGAAGAGCGUAUCAUCGCAACAGUCCGCGAGACGCACGCCCUUCAUGCGUCCAUGCUAUGGGGCCAGGCCGGCGGUGACCACGGACGCUGCCAGAUGUUCAUAUGUGAUGUUCUGUCCGAAGCAAGCAUAGUGUCUUUCGUCAGCCAACUCGCGGCCGAUCCGUUUCUGAAGAUUGACUAUGUCGUGAUUAAUGCUGGUGUUUUGAGAUACCCCAAUAGAGCAACUGAGCUAUCAUUUGACGAAUUUGCGUUCCAUCUUCAUACAAACACCAUCGGACCUAUCAUUACCGCUCAGAAGCUCCUCCAGACCAACAUCCCGAUCGGGACUAUCGUUUUUAUGUCCAGUGACUCCGGCUCGGCACAGAACUUCUUAGAGAGGGAGGACGGCUUCGCAGCCUACUCGGCUUCCAAAGCAGCCCUGAAUCAAAUGCUUCGGCACAUGGCCGCGGAGCUUAAACGGAAAGAUGAUGAUACAAUCAUACUUGCGUUGCACCCGGGAGAGGUUGCAACAGACAUGUCGAACAUCAGCGUCCCCUGGCAAGUCGAAGGGAUCAUUACACCUGAGCAGUCCGUAGUUGCCAUGAUCGACGUCAUCCAGAGCAAAGGCAUCCAGCAUAGCGGCACCUUUUGGACGUGGCAGAAUCAGCCUUACCCUUGGUAG